CUGGAAAAAGCUACUUGGCGGCUACUGCCCUUUCCAGUCAACGUGCGAAGAUUACGUCGUGACGGACGAGCGGGCGCUAGCUCUAGUGGCGUACGUUGCUCGAGCUGGAGAAACGCUCAAGACGCGGCGACUGCUGGCAUGGCACACUCUAUUGCGCUUGGUCGGAGCGAAGGCGGAUGUCCUGUGGCUGCUUAACCGGACGCACAGCGAUAGCGAUUAUCGCGAAGACUACGACUUCGCAGUCGGAAUGUUGUACCCACUGAGACAGUCGCCAGCGUAGCAAACUUCAUGGCGCAGUUCCAAAAUGCUAUAGGCUCCAUCUUCAGCAGCCCAUUGGACAACAAAGAGGAUGGACUGGCCGUCAGUGUCACAGUGCCGCGUGACGAGACAUUCGCCAAAGUAAACCAGACACCUCUUCUGGAAGAAGAAGAUGGCUAUCCCUUCGCAGUCUUUAAGCGCAUCGAAGACACUGAGGCCCGACAGUUGUCACCCAAAGGAAAGAGCUUUCCCCUGUUGUGGCUGCGAUGCGUUCGAGCAUGGCGCGCCCUCCCACCGCUGCUGCGAGUCCUGCUGCCUGGCAUGGCGUCUGUGGCAGCAGUAACGCACCCAGCGGCUUUGUUCCGGAUGCCGUACUACGACACGCACACACUGGCGGCGUACAAUUUCGCCUCACUGGGACAGGUGGUCGCCAGAGCAAUGGCUCACAAGCUGGACGAGCUACGGUGCACUGAUAAAUUCGUGGACCAACACUGGCAGAGCUUCCUGGAGGACGCAGACAUCAUCGACUCCAGAACUACAUACUGCGCCGAGGCCUUGAUAAACGAGAAUGACACGUGGCGACAGAAGAAAGUGAACCUGAGUGGCGUUCCUAAUGGGACGCUCCUGAACAACGUGGUUGGUUUGAAGGUAGCCUAUCUCGCCCUCCUGAGGUCGAGCAACGCGACCACCGCUUCUCGCAGCGAAGCGCAGCUGUUUUCCGGCGUGCACCUGUCGAGCAAGGAGUUGUUCCUUCUGAUACACUGUGCCUUGAGCUGUGCACUGGGUGGCAGAAGAAGUGUCCCCAAUUCUAGGGAGGAACAACACUGUAUGGUGGUGUACAGAUCCUUCCGUCCUUUCAUCGACAAGCCCUGCGCACGACCCACUCACGAAAACGAGUUAAACGAUUGUCGUUACGUAUAAGCUGA